AUGGCAACAUUGGAGGGCUGUUCAGGAGGUUAUCGUCCAAACAAGCCCACAACCCGUCGACGAGCCUACAAUUCGACAACCAGAAGCUUCUACGAGUUCCAAGCCUGGUAUUUGAACCAAGCACAUCGAGAACAUUCGCCAGAAGAAACAAUUCGUUCGCCUCCAGCCAAGCGAAAACUCCGAGAAGUUUAUCAGAAUGUUGCGAAAAAACCAGCGAGCGAGACGUGUUCGGGUUAUUAUGCCAGCUCCGCGGACACCAAGAGCUUCAAAGAAUCCUCGAACUCCAGCUGCACCAUCAACACAUCCGAUGAAGCUUCGUAAACGAACACAGAAAACCGUGAGCGAUUCGGCCAAACUCCGGUUCCAGCGACCCAAAUCGACCAUCAAAACGUCGUGCGGAUGAUGAUGAUGCUGAUCCAACACAGCAAAAAAUCGCAAAAACACUUCUUCGAAACGAUCCGGACCAAGAAUACAAAAUGGUAAAUUUUUAUAACAAAUAAAUUUUAGCCAUACGAAUAUAACUUAUUUUCAGGCGAACGGGAUUUGCUAUUCGCGAUGA